AUGGCCAAGAAAUCUAAGAUGCCGGCAAUCGGCUCUCCUUUAUACAUGUACCCGUCCGAUAGCACGGGAACUCCGUUAACGCAAAUAAUUCUCACCGGUGAGAAUUACUCGACAUGGGCCAAAGUCGUGAGACGUGCACUGGAGGCGAAGAACAAGGCGGGAUUCGUAGAUGGCGUUGUCCAUGCGGCUGAUGCUCGAGCCAUGUGGGAUGAGUUAAAGGAGCGGUUCUCGCAAGGUAAUGUUCCUCGCAUCCACCAAUUGAAGGCAGAAAUUAACUUACUCCGUCAAGACGGUCAAAGUGUGACCGAAUAUUUCACAAAAUUGAAGGGCCUUUGGGACAAGCUCGCCGACUACACUGACACAGUCACUUGCACAUGUGCCGGGUGCACUUGUGACGUAUCAAAAAGGCUCGCAGCCGAACGAGAAAUAGAGAUGCUGCACCAAUUCCUUAUGGGACUUAAUACCGAGUCUUAUGAAGAACGCCAACGAUCCAUCCAACGAGACCAGGAGACGCCCAAGGACCAUGUAAUCGCUCUUGCUGCUGGAGGAAAAGGAAGUGCGCCUCGCUACAUUUGUGAUCCUUGUGGAAAAACGGGGCACUUGAAAUCCCGUUGCUAUGAGUUGAUUGGUUACCCAAAAAAUUGGGAGCGCAACAAAGAUGACUCCGGCCGAAGAAACAACAACCGCCAUGGACAACGGCCCGACGGCCCAAACGGCGGCGGCAGCAACAAACCCACAGCUCCUCGCGGCCCCAGUGCAGCCCAUUCCGCCCAGACCAACGGCGCUGCAGCAGGUGAAAGCACGACCAGUCUUCACACUCUCACCGACAUGGAGUACCGACAACUUAUCAACCUUCUGGGCUCAGUCAAAAUGGCGUCUUCCCAACCUUCAGGCACACAGCCGCUCGAAGUCUUCCUUUCUCGAGAUGCUAUUUUUCACGAACAUGAUUUUCCGUACAUGUCUCAAACGCCCCAACCUACACUCAUCCCUCCGACCGAUCCACCUAACCACACUUCUUUGUCUGACGAGCCAACCUCGUCCGACCCACCGACGCUGUUGCCACCGCAGGUUACUCGAACCGCAUCUUCUGCUCCCCCCGAUCACCAUCCAGACACUCCAGAUGAGGGCACGACCCACUCGGACGAUAGCUCGGAGAUGCCUCCAGACAGAUUGGCAGACUCCCCACACCCGCCAGCUGCAGAUUCGGCACCCAUCGCCGCCACACCAGCUCCUUCCCGACGACCAGCACGCGCGCGCUGCCCACCUGCCCGAUUCGAAGAUUAUCAUUGUUACUCGGUCGUGCCGACCCCUAUUGCCGCAAGCCCACUCCAUCUACUUCUUCAGGUAUGGGCUAUCCCAUUGAGCGUUUCGUCAAUUAUAACAGUUUUUCUUUAUCUCACUUGGCCUUCCUAG